UUUAUUUACGAUUAUUUUGUUGAUUUAUUCGAUUUAAUUUCAUUUAUAAAAUCCAUAUAACAAAUUCUAUAGCAUCUUUGUAUUUUGAACAUACGUGGCCAAUAUUUGCAUCAUGUCAUUAAAGAGAACACUUGAAUUGACUUGAUAGGUUUUGUACAUGUGUACAAGUUCGGCAUUUCUAAGGCAUUUUUCUGCCCUUUCCUAUUAGAAUCCUACACUAAGCCUGAUGAACAUAGGCGACAUAAUGUUUUAAACAACUUUUACUGGCGGUACGAAGUACUUCGGGUCAGCUAGUAAUAGAGUAGGGUUUUCCAUUUCCAGGGGAUGCCAUGGAGAAUAACAAGCAGCAAGAUUUGUCUGACGACGAUUAUAAACAAGAGUCUCCAAGUAACACAUGGAACCCAACCAAAGAAACUGAUAACAGUCCUGGAGAUAUAAAAUCACGUAAAAGAAAAAUUGAAUCGGAACCUUCUGAAAAUGGCAAAUCAAUAUCAACAGAAACAGUUUUGGUUGCUAACAGGGAAAACACCCCAUUUUUUGCCGACCAACCAUCUUCAGACUUGUACGGAUUAAAACCAGAGUUCCUCAAAUCAUUGGGUAUAAAUUUACCACUGUCUAAGUGGGUGUAUGUUACUAAUUUUAGGUGUGACAAGUCAGAACUGAAAGACGUGUUUGAGCUAGCGGGCCAUGUUGUGAUAUGUUCCAUGAUAGCGGUCCGUAAUAGAUAUGCCAAUGUGAUGUUUAAUCAUCCACUAGAAGCUGUACAGGCUAUAUCCAUGUUUAAUGGCCAAAAUCUAUACGGUCAGAAUCUAAAAGUUAUGAUGAUCAAUCCACCAAGUGACACUAUAAUUUUACCAAAAGGUCUAAAAGAUAUUGGUCCAGGUUUAGGAUUUAAUGGGCGACCGUUAAGAGACGUAGAACAACAUUAUAGAAAGUACAAAAAACACCAACGCUCACUCCUCGACGUUUCGGUGUUCACGCGUGAUAAUGAUGAUGAAGAGAAAGAACAUUUGGAUAUUAAGAAAGAAGAGUUAGAUACAAACAGUUGUAAUUCCAGUGAAAAAACUGAUUCUUCGAAGCGGCGAAAAUAUUUUAAAACUACCAAUGUGCAAGAUCUGUCUAUCUGUGAAGAAUCGGCACAGGAUAUAAUUUCGGAGAACGCUAGCAAAAAGCCAAGACUCGACGAAAUUGAGAGUUCGUCUGAUGAAGAAAACAUAGAUGCAAGAAUAGUCACACCUUCAAAAUUAAAAGAUAAACAGAAGCCACCUGAGAAAAAUACAUUUCCAAAUGAUCCACGCCUAAACCCCCUUGCAUUAAGUACAAGCGCAUCAGAUAAAAAGCCUCCAGCAAUUACAGAAUUGCAGCAAAAGUUUCCACCAUCAGGUUUACAAUUUCCAAAUCAACCAGGGAAUAUAAGACCUGGGCCGUUUCAUCCGCCGGGACCAGUGAUGAAUCCUGUCAGACCUAUGAUGGGGCCUGUUGGACCAUCAGGUCCAAUGAUGCAGCCGAUUGGUGCGAAUGUUCCUAUAGUUCCAAUGCAUCCGAAUGUCCCAAUAAGGCCUUGUCCUCCAGUACGUCCUCAAGGUCCUUUAGGUCAUCCAGGUUCUGUAGGUCCUCAAGUACCUAUAGGACCUAUAACAGGGCCCAUACGCCCUUACAUGCCUGGGCCUUACAGGCCACCCACUGCCAAUGUCCCAGUCAUGCAAGGCCCGAAUCCAGCGAUGGGUCCUCGGCCAAUGAUUUCUCCGAAUGGUCCACCAUCAGGGCCUAAUCAACUGGUGGCUAAUAAAGAGCACCAGGUGCUAUUCCGUAAUCUACCACCAUCCACAACGUUCCCUCUGCUCUGCGACGAGGUAUCUCGCUGCGGGCGCCUGUUGUCUCUGCAGCUCACCACUCCAGGCUGUGCCGUCGCCAGGUUCGGUCGCUUGGAUGAUGCCCAAAGAUGUUUUCAGUAUUUCAACGGAAAGCGCAUCGACGGUUUCGUCAUAGAGGCGUGCAUUACAUAAAAUAAACGGUGAGUUAGUGGAUUUUCUAGUUCAAAAUUAUAACUAAUGGUUUACGCAAUAAAGUUAGGUUACUGUUAAUUAUAAGAUUUGUUUAUCUAUUUAACUGAGAUGAUGUAUACCAUAUUUUAAGGUAGGUAUUUAUGUACCUAAAUUACAUAUAGGUAUAUUAUAGACUGAUAUUAUCGAGUACAUAAUGUGCAAUGAAUAAGCUUCAUAGGAGUAGACAGGAAAAUCAAUUUAAUACGUUUUUUUUGUGUCUAAAAACUUUCCCAUACAAAUUGUAUUAAACUACCAUGUGUGUUCUUUUUAUAUGAGCACCAAAAUCACAAUUUUUUAGCAUAAUAUAAUUUACUAAGCGAAUUUUUGCUUGAGGCAAUAAUUAUUAUGAAGUUUUUUCACUGUAUGUUGGUACUCGGUACAAGUUUUGUUUGAGAAUGUUAUUUUAAAUAAGAAUGUUUAUUAAACUAAAAGAGGAUCUUAAUAAAAUAUGUAUAAUAAAAUAUAUUAGAAAAUGUACUAUAGAAAUAGUAUUUAAUUUAUUAUGUACGCUCAUAGGUAGGUACACCAAUUUAAGGCAAAAUGACCUUUUUCCAAAUGCAUAAGUGCGUUUUACUUUUUUUUUUAUUCUAUUAUUACUUUUAAUUUUAAUUUAUUAAUUCUAUCUUGAUACUAUGUAAAUUAGGCAUUAUUUUACUUUAUGUGUCCGUCAGUAUUUUUAAUAUUGAAUUUAUUUAUUUUACUACAUAAUAAUAUAAGUAAAAUGUCAAAUUAUUUGUUUUUAUAGUUUUAAAGUUAGUAAAAUUAUUUAUAGAUUUUUACUAUAAAAGAGAUGUAUUCUCUAUUAACUACUUAAUAACUUAAUUUAAAAUGUUCUCUGAUAGGAAUAUGAAGAAAGCUGUAGUAUUUCCUAAACUACUAAUACAUACUAGGGGUAGGUAGUUAUACUUAUUUAAUUAUAAAUUAGUUUAGUAAACAAUACUUCCAUUUACUUAAGUUAUUAUAUUUUUUGCAACUGCAAUAAACUGCGUUUAUAUCAAAAUAUUUUGUGUUUUCUUUAAUCGUUGAUCCAGGCCAAAAUCUUUAUAGUUUAAGGCUGAGUUGCUCCACCU